AUGGGGGCUGACGAGCGACCAGGGCCAUCCACAUGGUCAUCAUCGUCUGGUGGGCAUUCUGGUGGAGGUCGUGGGAAAGGUGACAGUCCCGAGGGUACUGUACGUGUCAAUGGGCUCAUCUUUCCCGCUGAUAUGAGCUCCGAGCUACAGGGGCUCAACGUCGACAUUGAGGAACGAUGUGUUGAGUCGUUAGAAUCGACCCGGCGAAUGAUGGCGCUAUGUGAAGAGAGUAAAGAAGCGGGUAUCAAGACCCUUGUGAUGCUUGAUGAUCAAGGAGAACAACUCGAACGUUGCGAGGUCGGACUCGACACUAUUAACGCCGAUAUGAAAGAAGCUGAAGAACAUCUAAAAGGAAUGGAGAAAUGCUGCGGACUCUGUGUACUCCCUUGGAACAAAGCCGACGAUUUUGAGAAGAAUUCCGAAUAUGCUAAAGCUUGGAAGAAAGAUGAUGAUGGAGGUGUCAUCUCGGAUCAACCGCGAAUCACCGUUGGUGACCCGACUAUGGGACCGCAGGGUGGAUAUGUUACGAGAAUAACAAACGACGCACGUGAGGAAGAGAUGGACGAAAACAUUCAGCAGGUCUCGACUAUGGUGGGAAAUCUACGAAACAUGGCCAUUGACAUGUCGACGGAAGUGUCAAACCAGAAUCGGCAACUUGACAGGAUCCACGAGAAGGCCCAAUCCAACGAGGUUCGCGUCGAAUCUGCCAACAAGAGGGCCAACAAGCUCAUCACAAAA